AUGAACGUUUUGCAAAAGGAGUUUGAAGCUCAACGUGCUUCUCAAACUAAAGUUAAUAUCAAAAAUAAAUCUACCACUCCAAAGGCAAAACAUUCAAAAGAUGAACCCGAAUUCGAUCAUGAAGCAUUUGUUGAUGCAACCUAUUCUCGUGAAAAAUUAGAUGCCGUUGCUAAAAAAAUUCAUUAUAAUUUUGAAUUUGAUGCAUAUAUGAGUGGAAUGGGUAUUGAAACCCCAUUAGACUUAAAAAAAGAAGGCGAAAGAGUGAUAUAUACAAAAUCAAAUGCUUACAUUGCUUCUGAAGAAGUUUCUUCCAAAUUUAUGAGUUCAAAGAAUGACACAAAGAGUCCCUUGGAGAGUCAAGCAAAGGGUGUUGACGAGGAUUUUAGUUUUGAAGAGAAGAAUGUUUUGAAGUACAUAUUCGAUAUAAACCACAACCACAAGAGGCACUAUACUUCUAUCAUUAGUAUGCAUAUAAAAUUUAUUGCUAAUUAA